AUGAGCCAUCCAGAUUUUCCCUCAAAAUUAGCUGACCUGACGCUAACCGAUUCGACUCAUCAUCCCUCUCUGUAUGCAACGCUAAAAUCAAUUCGCAAGUCUGCCCUCUCUAUUCCGAAUCGCCUCACCUCGGUCCUUAGUGAUGCGACGUUUGUCAAAGAAGUAUCCCAUCGGUACAAUCUGCCGCUGGUGGCCAACGAGCGUUGUGGUAGCUGGUACAUCGACCCAGCUGAUAAAACAGGCAGUACGUAUUUCAAAAGCACAGACGGCCACCACGGACAAUGGGACUUUUCCCCACGCAGACUCAAUCUGCAGCUUCUUCCGAUCUUAUCUGCGUAUGGCGGCGCAAUCGUGGUCGAUUCGACGCGUCGUGGCAAGAAUCUGCCAGAUGCCUUCAGUAAGACCGUGCCUAUCUGGACCGCGGUUGUCAACAAAGCAUUGUUCCCAGAAAUCCCAUCGGCGCACAGACUUCAGACCCCGCCUCCACCAGAUGACCUAGGCCAUUCUGAGGUAUCGCAGAUUGAAGCCCGGCUCGAGCAUUUCACGAGCACCUUUGCCGGUCUAGGGUUGAACUUAGAAAGUUUGCGGAAGGAAUUGGGACGUCCUGUGCGCCUCACCUGGGAGAUCAACGGCUAUUCUAGUGUUCAAAGUGCUAACGAAGCCGACGUUCGGCCAUCAGGCUCAGGGUCUAAAGCCGGGCACUCCUAUCACAACCUCGUGCUGUGCUCCGCGUCUCGUCGCGUCCGGGGUGCAGAAAGCUCAGAAGGUGGAUACAUCCAAGGCGCCGGUGACGACAGCGAGGGUUGGUCGCACGGACUGACCGCAGAGCUCUUCUGGAGAUACAGAAUGCUGUUGAUACAAACUCCCGAAGAUGAACUCCCUGCGCUGAUCGAAGAUCUCCUUGGAAAACAAAGAGAAGCGCAUGGCGCAAGUGUUUCCGUUACGAGGAUCACUCCAACGUCCAAUCUUUAUCUUGCAGUCGGGCCAGUCGAAAGCUUGGAUGGUUUCGACGUGAUUGUCAACUGUCAAGGUGACGCAAAAGGCCCAACAUCAAAAGCCGUUUGGUUAAAUUGCCGCGAUGGCAAACUCGGUAGCAAAGAGCUUCGAGAUAAGUUGCCUGGCGUCGUCAGCGUCAUCAGCAAACAGCUCCACACGCAACCUCAGAGCAAGAUACUGAUCACUUGCACAACAAGCAAAGAUCUCAGUGUCGGUGUGGCUAUUGCGAUUUUGUGUUUGUGCUAUGAAGACGAAGGACAUCUGAGGGAAAUCACGGACCAGCCCACUGUCGAGAAGCAACUGUCAUGCCUGUGCGCUCUACAAGCCGGAUACAGACACAUUGAUACCGCGCAGUUCUACCACAACGAAGCUCAGGUUGGGGAGGCGCUGCGUAAAUCAGGAAUUCCGCGCUCCGAGGUGUUCGUCACCACCAAAAUUCUCUCUGCAGCAGGAAGCGUUGAAAAAUCAUACAAAAAGUGUCUCGAAAGUGUGGAGAAGAUCGAUCCGGGACGUGAUGGCUACGUAGAUUUGUUCUUGAUACACAGUCCCAAUGCGGGAAGUAGCAAGAGAAAAGAGAUGUGGCAGGCUCUUGAAAAAUUGUACGAGAAGGGAAGGGCUAAGAGCAUUGGUGUGAGCAACUUUGGUGUUGGACAUAUUGAGGAGAUGAAAGAAUAUGCAAAGAUCUGGCCGCCACACGUCAAUCAAAUAGAGUUGCAUCCAUGGUGCCAACAACGAACCAUCACCGAUUAUUGUCAGAAAAAAGGUAUCAUCAUCGAAGCCUACUCGCCGCUGGUUCGAAAUUACAAGGCCAACGAUGCCACAUUGGUCUCCUUGGCCCAGAAAUACAACAAGACCACGCCACAGAUCCUCAUCAGAUACUGUUUGCAGAAGAACUGGGUACCUCUGCCGAAAAGUGAUACUCCGGAUAGAAUCAAGCAAAACGCCGACGUUUAUGACUUUGAAUUAUCUCCGGACGAUAUGGAGGCGCUGGAUGCAUUGGACCAAGGGGACGCAGGGGCGAUUGUUCAAGCUGUGCGCAACGAUUAG